UGUUUGAUUUCAUUGCACUGCAAUUAUUCAAAUUUAGCACAAACACACACAUAUUCAGUGCUUCUGUAUGGAAAAAGUUCAUUUUCUUCCUAUUGUUUACAUAAUUAAGUUUUAAUCAACUCAGAUCAGAUGUCUUUGAAAAGAGAACUUGAAAGAGUGAAAAGCAAUUUCCGCCGCAAUCCCUAAAUGUCCGAGGUGAACUGCAGUGUUCGACACUGCACAAUCGAGACGAGCGAUGGAGUCAAACUCCACGCAAAAAUCUUCGAGCCCGAAGAAGAAGAGGAGGAGGAAAGCAGCAAAGAUAAUCCAACGGUGGUUUUGGUUCACCCUUAUUCAAUAUUGGGCGGAUGCCAACGCCUUCUGCGAGGAAUCGCAAGCGGGUUGGCGAGCAAUGGCUAUAAAGCUGUAACCUUUGACAUGAGAGGCGUGGGCAAGUCCACCGGGAAGCCUUCUCUCACUGGCUCCAGAGAAAUUCAAGAUGUUAUCGCGGUUUGCAAAUGGGCUUCUCUUAAUCUUCCUGCUCAUCGCAUUCUGCUCGUGGGUUCUUCCGCAGGUGCUCCAAUAGCUGGUUCUGCGGUUGACAAGGUUGAACAAGUUGUGGGUUAUGUGAGCUUGGGGUAUCCGUUCGGUCUGAUGGCUUCUAUCCUCUUUGGACGACAUCAUAAAGCUAUUCUAAGAUCGCCAAAGCCGAAACUCUUUGUGAUGGGAACUCGGGACGGGUUCACCAGUGUUAAGCAGCUGAAAAACAAGCUGAAAUCUGCAGCGGGCCGUGUCGAGACCUGUCUUCUUGAGGGAGUAAGCCACUUCGAGAUGGAAGGGCCUGCUUAUGAUGCUGAAAUGGUGAAUUUGAUUCUGAAAUUUGUUUCGUCAUUGUAGAUAAACAGCCAGCUGUACGAUGAUCUAAGUUUGACGUAACCAAACCUGUGAUGUUGUAAGUAUUGUUCUAUUUAUUAUAUAAUUGAUCACUCUUUUUAGACUAUA